AUGACACAAAAUUUUAAUUUUAUUAUUAGAUCUGGUGGUCAAAGUGGUGUUGAUAUAGGAACUUUAGAUGCUGCCAAAGAUUUUAAUAAUCUUAAAAAAGAUUUAAAUGAACAUAAUAAAAUCAUUGAUAUUACUGGAUGGUGUCCAAAAGGAAGGAAAUCAGAAAAUGGACCAAUUCCUACAGAUUAUCCUCUUAAAGAAACCAAAACAGCUGAAUAUUCUGAAAGAACAGAAUUAAAUAUUAAAGAUUCAGAAGCAACAUUAAUUUUACUUUUGGAAAAAAAUAAUGCAGAUAAAGGAACUCAAUAUACAAUAGAUAAAGCUAAAGAAUAUCAAAAACCUUUCAAAAUAAUCAUUCUUAAUGAAAAUUUACAAGAAAAUAUUCAACAAGUAGUUAAUUGGUUAAAUGGAUCACAACAAAUAAAUCAUUUAAACGUGGGUGGACCACGGGAAAGCAAUGCCAAAGGAAUUUAUGCUAAAGCAUAUGAAUUUAUUUUUGAAUUAUUAAAUGAAAUUAAAUGUAGUAAAAAGUUAAAUAAAUGGUGUGAUUCAUUUAAUUUCGAUCAUGAUGAUGCGGAAAAUAAAACUGCUCUUGAAAUCAAAUCAAAAUUUGAAGCAUCUGAUGCAAAAAUUCCAGAUUUACCAGAAAUUUCACAGGCUCAUUCUGGAGCUAUAUACACCAGUAGACUUCUUAAUUUUAGAAACAUUUCAGGACCAUUAAAUUCGAAAAUAAAUCAAUCAACUUCAGAUUCGAAACAAAUAAAUCUUUUUAUUUCCGAAGAUAAAUUCUUUGGUGACGAUUAA